GUGGGGGGGAAAUUUGUGACAAAUGGUGAAGGUGAAGUGAGAUAUAAUGGAGGUGGCGUGAGGUUAAGAAGCAUUAAGGAUGGGCUGACACUUGAUGAAUUGAGGCUAAUGAUAUCUGAGUGGAUUGGUGGCGAUGGAAGAAAUUAUGACAUUAAGUACACAGUGGCCUUUGAUGAGAAGACAUUGAUUGACCUUCAUGACAAUGCUGAAAUGUAUAACCUCUUUCAAUACAAUGGGAACAGCGGUCAUGUGUAUGUCGCCGAAAAAAGACAAGUGGGUCCCCAACCAAGGGACAAUGUAGAAAUAACAGAGAGAUUCAUGGGCAUGUCACAGCAAACUGAACUGGAUGCGUCUCCCAUUAGUUUGUGUUGUGAUUAUGGCUGGCUCAGUGAAGAAAAUGCUCGUGAAUGUGACAAUGAUGAAAUAAGUGGGCCCCCUAAUGUGGAUAAAUCUAUCGGAGCUGAAGAUACGGAUGGUAGUGAGAUGGUUCAUGCGGAAUGGAGGGGACUUUUAACAGGAGUGGGCCAACGUUUUCCUAGUGCAGAUGUAUUUCGGGUGUCUGUAUACAAGUUUGCACUUGCAAACAAGUUUGUGGCCAAGUAUAUGAGGAAUAGCAAGGAAUUCAUGUCGAUAAGGUGUAAAGUUGAGGGUUGUCCAUGGAAGCUAUGUGCAAAUCAUGUGGGGAAGAGUUGUGAUGUGCUACGAGUGACGACAUUUAUAAACCGGCAUGUUCAUUCUGCCCAAGAUAGCUUGGACGUGAUGCAUAGUGGAAGAGCUAGUUUGAACUCAUCAAUAAUAAUUGAUGAGAUGAGGGAUCAUGCAGACAAGCGCACUUCUGAGAUAAGGAAGAGGUUGAAACGAGAGUAUGGAUUGAUCUAA